AUGCAUCUAAAGGCACGAUCCAUGGCCGAUUUGCACCUAAAAUCACAUUUUAGGCCAUAUUUCUCUCUUAUUCACCUAUUAUCGUUGAACCUCUGUAAGGCUACCCACCAUCGUCGGGAACGACGACGAAGAUGUCUUCGAUCCCUUGCUUCGACUACUGAAGACGUCUUCGUCAAAGAGUGGUGGCGUCGGCGACCAUCUUCUUACCCACCACUGGUUCUCGAUCCUCCUUCCGACGGACUUGAUUUCUUGCCUCUUACACUUCAAUUUCUUACCUUACCGUUCUUGAUGAUAUGGUAG